CUCCACCCAGGGCAUAAAUCUGCAGGAGAUGUGUUAACCGUCCCGGCUGCAAGGCUGAUGCUUCCAACCGAACCUUGAACAUCUUGCCUAAGACUCAAAUUUGCCAGCUUCACUUUAGAAGCGAGUUCUUCGUUCAGACUAUCCUCGUUCCAUAUCACUACAGAUCCUUAUCACUUGGUCACAGUAAACUUAUCUGUAACUUGUGAACGAAUUCGCCUUUGAACUGGACAUUUGCGAGACUCCGAAACCUCAUCGAAAUGGUUGGUAUAAUGCCUCAGAAUUCUCUUCAAGACAUUCCUACCUUUAAGACUAAGCCCCAUAUUGCGGUGCUCACGGACAUUUGCAAUGAACCUGAUGACGCCGAAUCCCUGACUCGAUUUCUGUUGUACGCAAACGAAUUCCAGAUUGACGCACUUAUUGCUACAACUUCAUUCUGGCAGCAGUCUUCCACUCAUAUCGAGCAAAUCCAUCAGAUAAUUGACGCCUAUGCCGGUGUUGAAGCUGCUUUAAACGGCCAUGUUCCUCCUGAUCAGAGGAUGAGCUUGCGAAAUUUGCCGCAAAACUUCGAAACUAUGCAAUAUCGGACCAAGAUGAUUCCGGCCCCUGGAUUCGGAUUCAUUUUCCAAAGGUUUUCUACAUUGCAUCUACUCAUGGGUUUUCUUCUCUCUAGCGAUAUCCGAGAUACAAUGGCGUAUCCCGGUCCUGUUUUCAUCCCAGAAGGAGACACACCAACCUUCCUCAAUCUGAUUCAAAACGGCGACUUCGCAGCUCGUAUGCAGUGGACUCGGGGGAAAUUUUUUCAAAAGACCGAUCAUGCACCUGUCGUCAUCUUAAAUGGGGAUUCAAACUUGGAACCAAUGCACCUCAACGCCGACUUUGGCAGCACGGUUCAUUGGGAUGCCUCACAAAGUUGGGUUCCGGAUGAGAAAGACACGCUCCAAUUCCGCUGGCUCCAUUACCGAGAGCCUAUCUCCACACAGUGGGCAUCCUCUUAUCAAGGACCAAAACUUGAAUUUAAGGACGAGUCAGAUGGCGCGCGAAAAUUCGAGAGAGUAUCUGUCCAAAUUCCUCCAGAAGAAGACGGUAUGUCAUUUUCAUUGCAUCCGGAACAAGUCCUGAAAUGGGGUCCCAAAACCUAUUAUUGGAUUUUGGGUGUUAUUGAUGACGCAGAGUUUCCUAUGAGAGCGUACAAGAGGGUCUUGGUUCAUAUUGGAGGUGGAUCGGCCUGGGAGACGAAUGAGAACGAUAUGGGAAUUAAGAGACAAACCAGAACCCCAAUCCUCUCGGACCUGGGCUUUGGAAAACCAGACGCACUGAGUUUUAGAGUAGUUUCAACCACUUUGCGGUGGAAGGAGGGGGAGGGGGAUAGCUAUCGUCUUUGCGGACGGGCGUAG